GGCCGAGGACGGUGCCCGGCGCGCCCCCAGCAUGGCGGCGGUGCGGGCGCUGCGGGCAGCGGCGCGGCGGAGGCCGGAGCUCGGGCCCGCGGGGCUCAGGGCGUUCUGGGGCGGCCGCAGCAGGAAGGAGGAAAGAGAAGUGGAAGCAGACCGAGCAGUUCCUGAGAGGGAGGAGAGGAGCGAGCCCAGCCUGAUCCACCCCCCGCCACGCCGCCGGAGCUACGUCCCUCCCGAGGACCUGCAGAGCUGCCUCGAGUCCCACGUCAGGGAGGUCUUCGGGCCCUCUGUUCCCCAGGACUGGCAGCAGACUCCCCUGCAGGAGAACAGGCUGAAGCAUCGCCUGCUGGCCCGGCUGGCGGCAGAGCUGGGACACGCUGUCCCCAACUCACAGCUGCACCGCAUGCGCCGCGCCGGGGACGUGCUGGGCUUCUAUCGCAGCCCCGUGAAGGACAGCACCAAGAUCGAUGAACUCGCGGCCGCAGAGCUGCCCCCGAACCUGAAAAUCAUCUGGCAGCAGUAAGUCCCUCCAAGCAGCAUUCCUGUGCCUGGCUGGUGCUGUAGGGCAGCAGCAGAGCUCUCUGUCUGGGGUGAAAUCUGUGAAUUUCAGUAAUAAAGGUUCACUGAGCUGUG